UAAAGAUGAAAAGUUACAAAUUAAGAGAGGUGAAUUGAUUAUUUCUUGAUGAAGCUAAACAUAGCAAUUAAGUAAUUUGAUCAUAUGAAAAGUUACAAAUUAAGAGUGGUGAAUUGAUUAUUUCUUGAUCAAGCUAAACAUAGCCAUUAAGUAAAAGUUAAAACUGUUACUCCAAAAGCUCAAAGCUCAGCCAAACAAUGGCGAAUCGGCGAUGCGUUCAAACCCUAAGCCGUCAUUUAACAUAUCUUCUCUCUCCAAACCCAUCAUCUCUCCAUUCCCUCACUUCCAUUUCGCCGCAAACCCUAACCCCACAAAUACUCAAAUCCGUUGACGCCCUCACUCCCUCUCCCAAAUGCCCCAACGUUACCACUAAAAUUUCAUCUUUCCACAGGCAUUUCUGUUCCAAUCGACCGAUCAAUAGCGAUGAUGACGAGGAGGGAAGUGAAGAAGAAACUGAUGAUGAUGAUCAUGACGUGGAGUCGAAUAUUGAGCCCAGCAGAGAGUACACUCCAGAGGAGAAAGAACACGAGGCAGCUGAACUUCAGAAAUCGGACCGGGUCUUCAAACCAUAUGAACCCGUUUUCGCCGUUGUUCAGAUUGGUUCUCACCAGUUUAAAGUGAGCAAUGGUGAUUCCAUUUUUACUGAGAAACUGAAGUUCUGCGAAGUUAAUGACAAGUUAAUACUAAACAAGGUUUUGCUGCUGGGCUCAACGACUCAGACAAUCAUUGGCAGGCCUAUAUUGCCGGAUGCAGCUGUUCAUGCUGUCGUUGAGGAGCACGCAUUAGAUGCUAAAGUACUUAUAUUCAAGAAGAAGAGACGGAAGAAUUAUCGACGAACACGAGGACAUCGACAGGAAUUAACAAAAUUGAGGAUUACGGAUAUACAAGGAAUUGAGAAACCUGAAGUGGCAUCCCCUCUUAAAACAGAGAAGAAAGGAGUUAAGAAGAUGCCACAUGCGGUCAGGUGUUAAACUGGCAUGAGAUGGAGGGCAAUGAUUCUGUUGUAGGCUUAACAUAGUUGAAUCUUGAGGGUAUAUUCGGUUACAAGAACACAUCGCCUAUAAAGCUUAGAGAAUAUAUUUUAUUGUGAAGGGAGUAUGUCCGAUUCUCAAGUCAUUGGUGUUUUUGUUUUCUUUGCUGGUUUGCCCUUUCCGCACGUGUUGGCAUGUUGCACGGAUUCAGCUGUUGGACUAUGCAAAAUAUGGUGAGAUAUAAUUGGAUUUGAUUGGAUAAUUGGUUUUUGCAUUGCUUUGUACAAAACAAUUUUUUUGUAUAGGUAAAAAUAGGUUACCAUUGUUGAUUUCAUCUGAUAUAAAUGACUUAAUAAAGAUAUAGGCACAUUCCACUCCUAUUGCAACCAAUGAAGGUGUAACCAAUUGGUAAGACUCUGUUUUAUUGUCAGCUUUCAAUAGUUUGAAUCAUCUACUCAAA